AACACCUGUCAGUUACAGUUUGGGCUGUGAUCUAUAUGCAACUACACUUAAAUAAGUCUAUUAGUGUAGUUGUAUAAACCUCUGCCAAAAUGACCGGCAGUGCUACAGAGAACGAGUUUUUGCGCCCUCCCAGUGAGCAAGAAUUCGAUUCGGUCUAUCGCGCGCCCUCUCAAUACAACCCCCUAGACACCUUCCGACUACCAAGCGGUCAGGACAGACACUACCAACAACAAUAUGGCGACAUGUACUUCUUACGACUGGCAAAACUCAAGCCUGCAGUUGAAGAGAUUGCGGUGGAAGCGUGGGAAGGAUUCAGUAUCGCGGGAGAACAUGCACGUCGCGUGGAGAGAGUGCUGGAUGUCAGACAAGGAGAGCUCUGCUGGGUUGCAGGCACGAUAUACAUGGAUAUGCCGUUAAAGCCGAAUAUCCUGGAGGACCUUACGAAGGAGAACUAUACAUUAGCGCCUCCACCUCGCCCGACCUACCAAGAUCCAUCUAAUCCCGACCUAACGCAGAUUAUGCUGGAAGACGAGUCUGGACGAUUGCGGUUAACGGGGAGCAUGCUCCGCACCGCGCAGCUGUGUACGGGGGCUAUCAUUGCUGUCUUGGGAACGGAGAACUCAAACGGAGACUUCGAGGUCAUUGAUACCAAGGUCCCGGAUUUGGCUCGUCAGCCUCGUCGGUGGGAACGAGAUGGGGUGGAUGCGGCACAAAAGGAGCCUAGCAAAGGUAAGAUUGCUUUUGUGAGUGGUCUAGGUGUCACCGGGACGUCGAGUGAUACUCUCGCUUUGGAGCUGUUGACGGAUUACCUUCUUGGCUAUUCUGGGUCCACAUCUGCUGGCAACAGUGGUGACGCACCGCCGGAUGCCUCUACCAUCACGAGGCUGGUCAUUGCGGGGAACUCGCUGGGCGCCAGCAUGACCGUUGACGCCAAUGCUGAUAAUGGAGCGGGGAAGAAGAAGGCCGGUCCAAAGAAGUACGGGUACGAUGCUUCUGCGUAUAACGCUUCGCCUAUCACGCGCCUGGACUCUUUCCUGGCCGAGAUUCUGCCCAGUAUACCCAUCACGCUUAUGGCUGGUCAAUCCGACCCGGCCAACUUCUCCCUCCCCCAACAAGGAAUCCAUCGCGCUAUGUUCCCGCAGGCUAGGGCAUACUGUGCUCCGCCCCCGGCGGGCGAGGAAAAGCAGGAGCCUGGUUGGUUCGACAGCGUCACGAACCCGUGGGAGGGGGACGUGGAGGGUUGGCGUUUAUGGGGUAGCAGUGGCCAGAAUGUAGAUGAUGCCCUUCGCUACUUGAAUCUUGCGGAUGAAGAAGGCAACGUUGGCGACGGUGCUGGAGAUAUGGAGGCGAGGAUCAGGGUCAUGGAGGCCAUGCUACGCUGGAGAUGUGGGGUUCCCACUGCACCGGAUACGCUAUGGUCUUAUCCAUUCCAAACCCACGACCCAUUCGUCAUGGAGAGCUGCCCGCAUAUCUUCUUUGCCGGCAACCAGCCACGGUUCAAGACGGCCGUUAUAGAGGGCGACUCUCCGCUCAAACUGAAUGGCGCAGACACGGAGAUGACCGGUACAGAUGAUGAUAACACCUCUGGUUCUCGUGUGCGUCUUAUUUCUAUACCAAAGUUUGAGGAAACCGGUGAAUUGGUACUUGUUGACACCGAGACACUGGAGGUGGAGGUUGUCAGAUUCGGAGCGUUUGCGGGACAACAAGAAAAACAAUAGAUAGGUGGUGAUACCAAUGACUUAGAUUAAUGAACUAUAUAAGAC